UAUCAGUCCUUUUAAAGAGAAGGGAGACAGAACAUUCUUUGGAUUUUCUCUCUUUCUCACACCCUUUCCCUCUUGCACAAUCACAUUCACAACCUCUCUGUCUCAUCUUUCUUUCUUUCUUUUCUUACAUCUUCUUCCACGGCUUCUUUUGAAACAAGAAUGAACAUGGAUAGAGAAAAAGAAGAGGUCAUAGCAAACGGUGUGAAGAUGAGGGCACUUAUGCAGAAGUUAAGCCCAUCUAUCAGAAUCCCUUCUUCAUCUUCACCAUCUUCUCGUCAUCUCCACAACAUCUCUGCUCAUGACUAUCCUGUUUUCACUCCUAGCUAUGCAGAUGAGCCUGUGUCUGCAUCUCAUCACAAGGAUCGGGAUGUUGGUUUAGUGCAAGAAGAUAAAUAUCAAGACUUGAGACAUACUUCAAGAAAGACUUUAAUACCGCAGCAAGAUUCUCAUCACCAUCAUCAGUCCCGUGUUUACACCAAGUCAGACACUCUCAGAUCCCAAACGUUGCAUUUUAGAUCGGUCUCUUCUUGUAAUGACUACAAACAGAGAGGUUUCGACACCAAGAGCUUCAAGAACUCUAAUCUUGUUGUGCCCUUGACGGAUUCACAUUCCCCUGCUGUUACUUCUCAGACAAGGAACCGUGGAGGCAGAGUGUUGUCUUGGUUGUUCCCCAAGUUAAAGAGAAAACAAAAGAGCAGCUCGAUCUUUGAUUCCCCUAGUAGAACCGAGAAAUCAGAAGAAGUUCCUGAGAAGUUGAAGAGAGAGUUGAUGGAAGCAAACAGAAGCAGAGACGCUGCGUUAACACAAGUCUCAGAGAUGAAAUCUUCACUGAGAGAGUUCAACGAGAAGCUUCAGUACUUGGAAAGUUACUGUGACAGUUUAAAGAAAGCUUUAGUGUCACGAGAGAAGAACUCAGAGAUUCAAGUGAGCGAAGAUGUGAUGGUUGAAAAGUUCUUGCAGAUUGUAUCCGAAUCAAGAUUAUCCAUAAACCAAUUCUUGAAAACAUUAGUCACAGAGAUUGAUGAAGAAGACUUGACUCUGAUUAGUAACAUCAACACUUUCCUUCAACCACACAACUUGUCAUUCACCUCUAAGUACUCCAAGAUCAUUCAGUACCACUUAGAAGGCAUCAUAAGCCAAUCUAUAUACCAAGAUUUCGAGAACUGUGUGUUCCAGAAGAACGGUAAACCGAUGUUUCUUGAUCAAGAACUAGAUCGAAAAGCGAAAUUCUCGUCGUUUGCUUCUUUAAGAAGCUUGAGCUGGAACGAGGUUAUGAGAAAGGGUACAAAAUACUACAGCGAAGAGUUCAGUAGAUUCUGCGACGAGAAGAUGAGUUUGAUCAUUACAAGGUUGAAAUGGACAAGACCUUGGUCUGAACAAAUGCUUCAAGCGUUUUUUGUCGCUGCUAAAUCUGUAUGGUUGCUUCAUUUGCUUGCCUUCUCGUUCAAGCCAGCGUUAGGGAUCUUGAGGGUCGAGGAAAACAGAGUGUUUGAAUCAAGCUAUAUGGAAGAUAUGGGUGCAGAUAGGGAUAGGCAGAGAUCAACAGGGUCAUGUAGACCGGUGCGGGUUAAGGUUAUGGUGAUGCCUGGGUUUUAUGUUCAAGAUAGGGUUUUGAGAUGCAAGGUUCUUUGCUGGUACUAGUCCAUAAGGCUGGAAGAGAGUCACACUCUCUUGUCUAACUUUACUCAUUUAUCUUUUACAUUUUUCGUUGUUAAGAAUUAUCAUAGAUUAUUAUAAUGCUUCACAUUUUUUGCUAUGUCAAAAAUUAUCAUAGGGCCAUAGGCUAGUAUCUCUUGUUGAUUUGCUAUGUUUUUAACGACAGUGUAUUAUGUGAGACGAACAAUGAUAAUAAUUAUUGCAUUAGUUUCUA